CGCUGUUAGGUGAAGCUCCGCCCCCUCCGCUGUGAUUGGGCGGUCGGUCGGCAGCGGCGAAGGGGAGUGAGAGGUCAAGAUGGCGCCCUUGCGGACAGUGAAGGGUUUGGUCGGAUUGGUGACAGGAGGGGCUUCUGGACUCGGCCGAGCAACUGUUGAGAGGCUGGUGCAGCAAGGAAUGAGAGCCGUGAUUGUGGACUUACCGACAUCGGAAGGAGCCAGUGUAGCCCAGGCACUGGGCGAGAAUUGUGCUUUUGCACCAACCGAUGUCACAUCAGAGGCAGACGUCAAAAGUGCCGUGGCCCUAGCGAAGGAGAAAUUUGGUCGCCUGGACAUCGCAGUGAACUGCGCAGGCAUUGCAGUGGCAGUGAAAACCUACAACUUCAAGAAGGACAUUCCUCACAGUCUCGAGGACUUCCAGAGAGUGAUCAAUGUAAACAUCGCAGGAACCUUUAAUGUGAUUCGCCUAGCUGUCGCCGAGAUGGGCAGGAAUGAACCAGAUGCAGACGGUCAGCGGGGUGUAGUUGUGAACACAGCUAGUGUGGCCGCCUACGAUGGACAGGUCGGACAGGCAGCUUAUUCAGCCUCUAAAGGUGGUAUUGUGGGCAUGACCCUUCCCAUUGCCCGGGACUUGGCACCACAAGGGAUCCGAGUGGUCACCAUCGCACCAGGCCUGUUCUCCACCCCGCUGCUGGCUGGCCUCCCUGAGAAGGUGCAGACCUUCCUAGCCCGUCAGGUUCCCUUCCCCAGUCGCCUGGGUGAUCCGGCUGAGUACGCCCACCUGGUACAGGCCAUCGUGGAGAACCCCAUGCUCAACGGGGAGGUCAUCCGACUGGACGGUGCCAUCCGAAUGCAGCCCUAGGUGGGGAGGGGGGCGGAGGGGGGCAGAGUGUGAGGGAGAGGGAUGCGACGCUGGUCCCUCAGACAAACGCUGACUAUCCGCAGGCUGAUGCUGCCAGGGACUGCCCACCAUCCAUGCCUUCAAACUUUCCCCCUCCCCCACCGCUAAUAGGCAGGACCCUGUCCCUUGUCGGGUCAUACGGAUUACACACUGUGUUCCUUCUGUGCCAGCCCACUGCCUCAAGACCUGGGGGUGGGGUGGGGCAUCCCAAGGGGUUGGGCCCUGUGAGAGGAGCGGAUCAUGGCUGCUCGAUAUCCAUGGGGUCUCUGAGCGACUGACCCGUCCCGGGAUUAACCUGACCACCCUCUCUGAGAUCCGCAGCCUUCCUUGCCGCUGCGCGGGAUCGCAACGUGGGAGCCCACCCCCAUCUGCUGAUCGACCGUGUGGAUGUGCGCAGAGAGUGGGGUUGGUAAAUGUGAUGGAUCCCCCACAGCGGGGUACUGUGUACUGCUUUUCCCCGAGCUGCGUGUCUAAGUCAGUGAGCGUGCACGGGUUGGCCGAGGAGGGUGGAUGGUCAGUCGUGUCAAAACGGUUGAUUCCAGUUUCGGUACAGAAAUCGCUGGAGGAACUCAGCAGGUCUUUGGAGAGAGAGAGAGAGAGAGAGAAAGCAGAGUUAACAUUUCAACUCUUCUCUUUAUUUCCCUUUCCCUCUGCCUCACCUCCAAGUGAGUUCCUCCAGCAAUAUCCGUCCUUUUAUUUCUGCUCUGUGGCUCUCUGUUUGAUUCCGGUGUAUAAAUACAUUGCAAUCAGUGUGUGAGGGUGGGGCAGGGGCACGGGAGCUGCUGUAAUCUGCGCUCGCUCCCUGCUGCCUUGCUGAGGCCCAAGCAUUGAAUUCCCUCUCGGCGGGGCCCUGAGCCUGACCAGACUCUCGAAGGUUAAUCAUCGUGUGGUUCUCUGAUUAAACAGUGAUGGGAUUGUC